CUGGACUAGACGAUUCCGGAAAUAUUGACAGGUGAACACCAGGGGUUUCCGGUUAAAUUUGUUUCUGAAAUUUUAAAAGCUGGAGCGAGAGAUUGGCAGACAUGUCCACGCUGUUCCCCUCUCUCUUCCCCCGGAUAACGGAGUCCCUGUGGUUCAACCUUGACCGACCGUGUGUGGACGAGACCGAGCUGCACCAGCAGGAGCAGCAGCACCAAACCUGGCUGCAGAGCAUUGCUGAGAAAGACAACAACCUGAUGCCGAUUGGGAAACCUAUUUAUGAGUCAUCUGGCUUUACUGUGGCGCAGGCGGGAUAUGAUGAAGAAGAAGAAGAGGAUGAUGAGGAUGAAGAGGACAGUGAGGAAGACUCUGAAGAUGAAGAAGACAUGCAGGACAUGGAUGAGAUGAAUGACUACAAUGAGUCCCCUGAUGACGGCGAGAUCAAUGAGGUGGACAUGGAGGGACCAGACCAAGACCAAGACCAAUGGAUGAUUUAAGACAAAAGACAAUUUUAGUCUCCAUCAAGCUGUCUGGCACUGAAUUUUUACUCCCCACUUAAAACACGACUGCUGCCCCUUCAGUCUGUGACACAGAUAUGUUUUUAUAUUUGUGUAAACAGGAAAAGAAUAUAGGUGAAUCACAGCUUGUAUCAUGAUGUCCUUCAGAGGGAGUUUGAAUAUAUCCAGCACAAAGUGUCUCAUUUCAGGCUGCAGUUGGCCUUUGACGUUGUUGGACAUCACUGUGAGUGUUGCUACCUGGCGUGCGCACACACACACGCACACACACACACACACACACACACAGUGGCAGCAGUAGGCAUCGGUCCCGUGAUCCUCAUUUACACUUUGACCUUGUCAUAUCUUCAGUCAUGUGCCACUUAUUAGCUGACUGAGCACGAACAACAGUUAAGUCAGCUAAAUAAUUUGUUACCUAUAAAGGAGACUGACAGAUAUUUUAUUACAUAGUAAGAUUCUGUUUCAUAGUGUUGUGUAUGCUGCUAAUCUUUUGUUACAGAUAUAAUACUACCAGUUAAAACUUCAUAAAAGCUUGUGAAAUAGUAUUAUGUUGGGACAAUGCAUCAGUUGUUAUUGAAAUACAUUUUGAUAUUUUUUUUAACUAUGUUAAAGGUGAGAGCAGCCAUUACUUUUAAAUAUGAAUACACAAUGUCCAUUCGAAUACUGUCAUGUUUUCCUUAAAGGAUUGCUUAUCAAGGCUUUGAUUAUUUGUACUAAAAUGAACAGAAGUCUUGCUUUUUUGUAUUAAAUUAAAUACUUUUUAUGAAACCAUG